AUGCGUCCUUCUCUGCCUCUUCCCCCGGGCCCGCGUCCGUUGCCCAUCUUAGGCAACCUCUUCGAUAUGCCGACCAAACAGCUGGGCCCUUCCUUGCGGGACAUGGCUGACAAGUAUGGUGAUGUGGUGUAUCUGGACAUCCUCGGGCAGCCCAUGGUCGUCGUCAACUCAUUCGAAGCGGCACUCACAAUACUAGAGAGUCGCUCAGCGAACACGUCGGACAGGCCGCAGAGUCCUAUGGCCGAGCUAUGCGGCUUCUUGUGGCAGUUUUCGCUCAAGGGGUACACGCAGACGUGGCGGCAGUACCGCAAAGACUUCCAUAGCACCUUUCACCCGAACGCGAUUCCUCAAUAUCGGCCCAUUCACCUGCGCGAGGGUCGUCGCCUCCUGCAGCGACUCUUGGAGACACCAGAGAACUACCUCGCCAUCACCCGCCAUGCGUUCAGCGCCACGAUCAUGGAUGCCGUCUACGGGAUCGUAGUGGCGGAACGCGACGAUCCGGUAUUGGCCCGCGCCGAGAAGGUCACUGCAAGAUUCAGCAACAUCGUCACCCCCGGAAAAUACCUCGUCGAGGUCCUUCCCGCCCUCCGAUUCCUCCCGUCGUGGCUGCCUGGCGCGCAGUUCAAGAGAAACGCCGAAAAGUGGCGCCCGGAAAUCGCUGCGGCGCGCGAUGAGACGUUUCACAUCUCCAUGGACGCCAUCGCAAGAGGAGACGCGCGCCCCUGCGCGCUGGCCUCACUGGUUGAGAAGGCUAUGCAGAAGGAUGGAAGCAUCUCUGAGCAGGAGAGUGAGCGUUUCCGAGACGUCACGGCAAUCGCAUUUCUCGGUAAAGUCCUAUCUACAUUGAACUCCAUGCACGCGUUCUUCCUUGCGAUGGUCCAAUUCCCUGAAGCACAGAGGAAGGCACAGCGCGAGCUCGACGCGGUUAUUGGACCCGACCGACUUCCCGAGUUCGCAGACAGAGACGCGCUCCCCUACGUGAGAGCCUUGGUGAAGGAAGUCAUGCGGUGGCACAGCGUCGCUCCAACCGCGAUCGCGCAUCGCACUGUAGAUGAGGACGAGUACAAAGGGUAUCGGAUCCCUGCGGGCUCUAUUAUCGUACCGAAUUCGUGGGCCAUGUCGCAGGACCCCGUAGCGUAUCCACAGCCUGAGAUGUUUAUUCCGGAGCGCUUCCUCCGUGGAUACUCUGGUAAAGACGGGUCUGAAGUCAGGGACCCAGAGAGGUUCCAGUUCGGCUUCGUGACUGACCGUACACACAGGAUAUGCCCCGGGCGCCAUUUCGCCAACGACGCACUGUUCCUCGCAGUUGCAUCCGUACUACAUACGUUCGACAUCCGCGCUCCACUGGGCCUCGACGGGAAGCCUCUGCCUGUGGCUCCAAAGAUAGUUAGGGAUUUCUUCCUCUCAUAUCCGGAGCCGUUUGAGUGCACUAUUACGCCCCGGUCAGAGAAAGCGACUCUGCUGAUUAGGAACUCAGACAUCGCCGUCCCUAAGGAUGGCGAUGUUUAA